AUGUCUGAAUUUAAAAUGUCCAAUUCAAUUGACUCAAUAGAUUUAAAAAUAAGAUUAAAUAAGCAUGGACACAAAUAUAAAUAUAUUAAAUUAUCAGAAUUGGCAAUUGAUAAAAAAUAUGAAGUUACUGCUUUUGAAAUCAUUAACAUUAAUGGGCAGAAUAAAGUAUCUGUUGUGUUGGAUAAUGAAUAUGAACUCUUUUUACCAGAUAGAUUUAUGAAAACUAUUUCUGAAAAUAUAUAUGAAUUAAAUGACAAGGAGUGGUCUACAAUCUAUAUUUUUCAUAGAUAUAUAAAAACACUUGAAAAUGGAAAAUUAUACUAUCGUAUAGAGUUCCAAGGUAAUUCUCUAGACAGUACUGUAAUUAAAGUAUUAAAGAAGUUAAAUGAAGAAGAUUACAAAUACAAACAUAUACAAUUAUCUGAUUUAAAUAUUAAUGAACCUUAUAAAAUAUCAACAUUUAAAAUAAUAACUACAAAUAUGGUGAAAGAGUUUCUGUUCUAUUAG